AUGGGAGGUGUUGACCACCAUGACUGGUUAGUUGGAAAAUAUGCGACGAUAAUUAGAGGGAAAAAAUGGUACUGGGGCCUAUUUACACAUUUGUUGGAAAUGGCCCUUGUAAAUGCCUGGCUCUUCUACAGACUAGUACAUCGGAAAAAUGCACUGGAUUUAGUGGAUUUCAGACAUGCUGUUACAGUUACAUACCUGAAAUUGGACAUUGGAAGUCCAAAUAUUGGACGUCCAAUGGAGUACUCAUCAAGUCAGUUGAGAGUGAUACCAGACAUCAGGUUUGAUGGAAUUGGUCAUAUGAUUGUCAAAAGAAGUACGCAAAAAAGAUGUGUGAGAGCUAAAUGCAAUGGGAAACCAAAAACAUAUUGUGUUAAAUGCCGUGUAACACCGUGUAUGAAGUGUUUUGUACCAUUUCACAAGAAAUAA